AUGGCACCCCUUCGCAAAGCCACCGCCCAUGCCGUCACCGAGACUAACACCAAGCGCGUGAUCCUACGGCACGGCUGUCCAGAAUCUAUAUUGUCGGAUAAUGGAACACAGUUCACGUCACAAGAGUUUACCGAAAGAUUAGUCGUCUUCAACAUCCAGCACCGGACCACACCGGCGUACGCUCCAUACUGCAACCCUACGGAGAGAGCAAAUCGAACGCUGAAAACAAUGAUCAGCCGAUACGUCGACCAGGAUCAUCGGACUUGGGACAAAAACUUACCAGCCCUACAGUUUGCGUAUAACACCGCGGUCCAAGAUGCCACCGGAUACACGCCCGCAUUUCUGAACCAUGGCCGGGAGCUACACGUAUCUCUGCCAAUUGCCCCACCAGGACAACUGACGACCAACCCAGACAGCGUGAAAAACGGCUUAAACACGGCCUACGAGCUUGUCCGCAUCAACCUAGCCCUUGGGAAAUGGGUCUGGAAACGCGACCAUCCGCUGUCAAACCGGGCCCAACAAUUCAACGUGAAACUCGCGCCGAAAUUCAUCGGCCCGCUCGAAGUACGGCGAAUCAUCUCCCUAGUAAUCAUGGACCUGCACAGUCGUCGGGGGAAAUGGUAUCGACACGUGCACAUACAAGACCUAAAACCGGCACACGGGCUCGACCGGAAUAACGAAAAUAAUGAAAAUAAUGAGGGUCACGUCAACACCGAAGUCGAAGAAAAGAAGGAGAAUAACAAUCACACCGACACCGAGGAAGAAAACUCAGACGACCCCGCCGCCAAAAACAAGGAUGACUUCUAA